AUGUGGUGCACAUUUCGUUUUGGAACUACUGGCUUGCUGUUGUUCUUCAUCAUCGGCGUCCAGAUUGCUCUCAACACGAGAUGGUUUGCCGAGCCAUUCAUGUCUACAUUGGCCGUAUCGGACGCUCACUCUGAAAUGGUCUGCACGCUCGGUAAGCAAGAGUUCGUGUUCGCCAACGUCUACGUCGUCAUUCUGCUGUUCCUUGCCCUCUUCAUCAACAGUAUUAACAGAAACAUCAAGAGGAAUUACAAGGAGACCAAAUGGCUUUUCGUCUCAUCGGUGCUAUGCACACUCAUAUGGCUGUCCUGGAUAGUGGCGUACUUCAUGGUGCCUAACGAGAUUAAGGAGACAGUGAUAGUGGCGGAGCUGAUCUGUUGUGCGUCAAUUCUCCUUGGCCUCUUGUUUGGACCAAAGAUCUACAUCCUGCUUUCAUAUGAGCCGGUGGUCGUUGAAUACAAGGAGAACCAAGCGAACAACAACAUGGCGCUGUUUGAAAAAGGUACAUAUCUAUUGCUGAAGAAGCUGCUCCGAAAGACGAUCUACCAUCAGUACAGGGCCGUUUCACCAGCUAGUAGUAGCGGAUCAUCCUCACGUACCACCAUGUCCGCCCACAGCGCUCAGGCUCUCACCGGUAAUCCUAACCACGAUCAUGAGUCACCGGUCUUCCACACAGUCAUGAGAAAAAAGACUAAACUCCGUCGAGCACACAGCGGGCAUGAGAUGCAGAUCCGAGCACAUCCGGACGUAGCCGUCGUUCAUACUCAGUCGUCAAGACCUACUCCACCUCCCGGUUUGAAGAGACCCACAAUUAUCCACUAA